AUGGCAUUCUUGCAGGGGCUGCUGAAGGCCUUCUGCCCCGAGAGUUGCAUUGGCUGCUUUCCCUUCGUUUUCCAAAGGCCGUGCCUGCCGGCGAUCUCAGAGCAGCUGCCGCUGCACGAUUCCCUGACAUCAGAGGGUUUCGAUCCUGAGGAUGUUACAGAGGUUCUUUGCAGCCCAAGUCUGAAGGAGGCAGACUUAAAGGUGAGGGUGGACCAACUCCCAGCGAAGCUGAAGCAGGAGCUCAUGUGCCGUCUUGAAGCCUUCGACACUCUCGAAGCCGAGCCGAAUCCGGAGGCCCUGGCAGUCUUCGCUUACGGCACUUUGAGGGGAGACUUCGGUCCUGACGGUGACAAGUGGGGUGUGCUGGCGAAGAGUGAGGCCACCUGGCAGCCAGCGAGAGUGCGAGGCUUUCGGCUGUACCAGGAUCCUCGACUGACCUACCCCUUUGCGGUUCGCACUGGCAAGGACGAUGACGUGAUUGUCGGGACCGUCAUCCAGUGGCCAUCCGCAGCGGCCGCCAAAGAGCAGAUUGCCAACUGCAAUCAAAUCGAAGGUUUUCGCGCUAGCCAGCCGGAGGCCUCCAAGAGUGGAGCGGGUUCAGGCUUAGGGUUUAGGCUUAGAGUCUUAUUUGCAAGUUGUUCGGGGUUUUUGAAGUUGUAG